AUGAGUCAAAUGGAUAAUAACUGUAUGGAAAGAACGGACUUAACUAGGUGGAGACUAAAAGUUGACAAUAGUGGAAGACAGACAUGGCAUUAUUUAGAUGAAGAUGAGAUUAAAAAUUAUCCUCAAUCCUUCAUUGAAAAGUAUUGGAUUGGAUUACCUUUUCAAUCCAAAACUUUUGAAAAACCAAAAACAGCUUUCGAAGCAGCCCAAAAUGGAUUCGAAUUUUUUAAACAAUUACAAACUUCCAAUGGUCAUUGGGCAUGUGAAUUUAGCGGGUUGACAUUUUUGACACCAUUACUUAUUAUUACUAUGUAUAUUACGCAAAUUCCUAUUCCUGAAUCUUGGAGAAUAGAAACUAUUAGAUAUUUGACGAAUAAAGCAAAUCCUAUUGACGGUGGAUGGGGGUUGCAUAUUGAUCAUCACUCGACAGUAUUUGGGACUACUUUGAGUUAUAUUGCGCUUCGCAUCUUGGGCCUUGAUCCAGAUCAUCCAGUAAUGAUAAAGAGUAGAACAACAUUGCACAAAUUUGGAGGUGCAAUUGGUAUACCUCCAUGGGGAAAAUUUUGGUUGGCAUGUUUAAAUGUAUAUGACUGGGAUGGGCUUAAUCCAUUUCCACCAGAACUAUGGUUGCUUCCAGAUUUUGUACCAUUUCAUCCGAGUCAUUUUUGGGCUCAUACUCGUGCAAUAUACCUUCCAAUGGGAUAUUGUUAUGGGCGUAGAAUAACUGCCAAAAUUACUCCACUAAUUGAGAGACUUAGGCAGGAACUAUAUGUUCAACCAUUUGAGACAAUUGAUUGGUCAAAAACUCGAAAUAAUAUUGCUAUGGUUGACCUUUCUGUUCCGCAUACUAAAUUAUUAAAUUUAUGCAAUUAUAUGCUUAAUAUUUAUGAAUUACUUCCUAAUUCUAACCUUCGAGAUAUUGCAAUUCAAGAGUGUUACGAAUUAAUUAAACUCGAUGAUGAAAAUACUGAUUAUCUUAAUAUUUGUUUUAUCGCCAAAACCUUGCAUGUUCUUUGUACAUAUUACGUGGAAGGGCCAGAUUCUAAAGCAUUCAAACUGCACAAAGAAAGAUUAAUUGAUUAUUU